AUGAGCGACUCGGCGCCGUGUGCGGCCGCCGCCCCGCGCGGGGUGUGCCCCGUGAAGGCGGAGUACGUGCGCCCCGCUCCAACACGCGUCACGCUCGACGCGGAGGGGCGCACGCGGGGGAUGAACAAAGGGGUCGAGCGGCAGCGCUCCUGCGCCGUGGAGGGGACACAGCGCCCCGCCUUCGAGGGGGAGUCGAACUUCUUCCACGGCGAAACCCUGCAGCGCGUCAAGGCAGUGGUGCGGCAGUGUGGCGCGGGGGCAAAGCGCGCCCGCGACGGAGCAAAGCAGGAGGAAAAGGAAAAGGACAAUCAGCGGCCACCCACUGAGGAGGAGGCAUCGGUGACUGCGACCGGCGCCGCCGAGGACUGUGGCAGCCACGCCGAGAGGACGGCGGUGCCGCACACCAACACGGAGCCGGGUGACGUCACGAAGGGUGGCGAAUUCCCACGAACGGGAGGGAGCGAAGAAAACAUGCGUGAAGGCCGCGCGCGGCGGCGGGCGUUGUUUGAAAAUAAACUUGUCCUGGCGCCUCUCACGACCGUUGGCAACCUUCCGUUCCGUCGCGUCUGCAAAGGCUACGGGGCGGAUGUCACUGUGAGCGAGAUGGCGAUUGUGCACAACCUCAACCGGCUACAAAAGGGCGAGUGGUCGCUGCUGCGGCGUCACGCGUCGGAAGAUAUUUUUGGCCUGCAGAUUGCCGUGUCCCGCCCGCAGGACGCCGUGACUUGGGCGCAGGCCAUCGCGACGUCGGGCUAUUCGUACGACUUCGUCGACAUUAACUGCGGCUGCCCUGUUGAGCGACUCGUGCUUUCGGGCUGCGGCUGCGGGCUCUGGGAGCGGAAGGGCAACCGGCUGCGGGACGUCGUGCGCUCGCUGGCGCAGCACCAGUCAAAGCCUGUCAGCAUCAAGUGCCGCAUAGGCCCUGACGAGGAGGCGCCGCUGCUGCACAAGCAGAUUGCCGAGUAUGAGGGCUGGGGCGCCGACGCCGUCACGGUUCACGGUCGGUCGCGGAAGCAGCGCUACACAAAGCUGGCGAACUGGGCGUACGUGGAGGACUGCGCCGCACGCACCGCAUUGCCUGUCACUGGCAACGGUGACAUCUUCUCCUACGAGGACGUCCUCGACCACCGCGCCCGGUGCCCGCACGUGAGCUCCUACAUGAUUGGACGCGGCGCGCUCAUCAAGCCGUGGAUCUUCGAGGAAAUAAAGACGGAGCAGCCGAGGGACAUCAGCAGCCAUGAGCGCUUUGAAAUGCUGCGCCGCUUCUGCGACUACGGCCUCUCGCAUUGGGGCUCAGACGAGCGCGGGGUGCUGACAACACGCCGCUUUCUCUGCGAGUGGCUCUCGUUCUUGUACCGCUACGUUCCUGUCGGGUUGCUCGAGCGUUUGCCGCAGCGCAUCAAUGAACGUCCGCCGUACUACGAGGGCCGUGACGAGUUGGAGACGCUGAUGGCGAGCGACAGCGUGGCGGACUGGAUCCGCAUCAGCGAGCUGCUGCUCGGCCCGGCCGGGGAGAAGUUCAGGUUCACGCCAAAGCACCGGAGCAACAGCUACGCCACCCCCGGCGCGGCAGGCGAGGGGGAGAUGCAGGUGGAGGGAUGA